AUAUUGCCAUUGUGUCGGCUCCAGCUUAUUCCUAAAAACGUUUUCAUCGUGUAGUGCGUGGUUCCUAGAGUUUUUUUUUAUUAUUUUAUGGGAAAAAUCAAUGUAAUAUUUUAACAAAUUUACUUUCAUUUAAAAGUUUAACUAAAACUCUAUAAGGUUUUUCAAACGCACAUAUGUGUAGGCUGUAGAAAAAGUAUCUCUUUGAAAGAUGUCUUUACCACCAUAUAUGAUUCCGCCCAAUGCUUGGGCGGCACAAAUACAUGCCUAUGCUGCGGCUCAAGCCCAACAGGCCCACUUGCAUGCCCAGCAAAUGGCCAAUCAAAUACAACAAAUACCGCCACCCGGAGCUCCGUUACCACCUCCUUCACAGGUUGGAAUGCCGCCGCAAGCUGGGCAGCCACAGCUUGGCCAGAUACCCACCCCAAAACCUGAACUAACAGAGGAGAAGCUACAUGAAAAAGCCUUAAAAUGGCAACAAUUACAAUCGAAACGUUUUGCCGAAAAACGUAAAUUCGGGUUUGUGGAUGCCCAAAAAGAGGAUAUGCCUCCAGAACAUAUACGUAAAAUUAUUCGAGAUCAUGGUGAUAUGACUUCACGGAAAUAUCGGCAUGAUAAACGUGUCUAUUUGGGUGCUCUUAAAUAUAUGCCGCACGCCGUUCUAAAACUACUCGAGAACAUGCCAAUGCCAUGGGAACAAAUUAGAGAUGUCCAAGUGUUGUAUCACAUAACGGGCGCUAUAACUUUUGUAAAUGAAAUACCCUGGGUCAUCGAACCUGUCUAUAUAGCCCAAUGGGGUACUAUGUGGAUUAUGAUGCGUCGUGAAAAACGUGAUCGUCGUCAUUUUAAACGUAUGCGCUUUCCCCCAUUCGACGAUGAAGAACCUCCAUUGGACUAUGCAGAUAACGUAUUAGAUGUUGAACCAUUGGAAGCUAUACAAAUUGAAUUGGAUCCGGAUGAAGAUGGCUCUGUGUACAAAUGGUUCUAUGAUCACCGUCCAUUGGUUGGUACACCAUAUGUAAACGGUUCAACAUAUCGCAAAUGGAAUUUAACUCUGCCACAAUUGGCCACAUUAUAUCGUUUGGCCAAUCAAUUGUUGACGGAUUUGGUGGAUUCGAAUUUCUUCUACUUAUUUGACCCGAAGAGUUUCUUCACAGCCAAAGCAUUGAAUAUGGCCAUACCUGGUGGUCCCAAGUUUGAACCUUUAAUCAAAGAUCACAACGUGGGUGAUGAAGAUUGGAAUGAAUUCAAUGACAUAAACAAAGUCAUUAUACGCCAGCCAAUUCGUACCGAGUAUCGAAUUGCAUUCCCUUAUUUAUAUAACAAUAUGCCACACUUUGUUCAUCUGUCGUGGUAUCACACACCUAAUGUGGUCUACAUAAAAACUGAGGAUCCUGAUUUGCCAGCCUUUUAUUUCGAUCCCCUAAUUAACCCCAUAUCCCAUCGUCAUGCUAAUGUUGUUAAAAUUCCCGAACCAUUACCCGACGAUGAUGAAGAUUUCUCAUUGCCAGAAGAAGUACAACCAUUCUUGCAAGACACUCCAUUGUAUACUGACAAUACAGCUAAUGGCAUUGCUCUGUUAUGGGCUCCAAGACCAUUUAAUUUACGUUCAGGACGUUGUCGCAGAGCAAUCGAUAUACCUUUGGUUAAAAGCUGGUAUAAAGAACAUUGCCCACCCGGACAUCCGGUUAAAGUACGUGUUAGUUACCAAAAGUUAUUGAAAUACUAUGUAUUGAAUGCCUUGAAACAUCGCAGACCCAAACCGCAAAGAAAACGAUAUCUCUUCCGUUCUUUCAAAUCAACGAAAUUCUUUCAAACAACCACACUGGAUUGGGUUGAAGCUGGUCUACAAGUUUGUCGCCAGGGUUACAAUAUGCUGAAUCUUUUGAUUCAUCGCAAAAAUUUAAACUAUUUGCAUUUGGAUUAUAAUUUCAAUUUGAAACCCGUCAAAACAUUGACCACCAAGGAGCGUAAAAAGAGUAGAUUCGGUAAUGCCUUCCAUUUGUGUCGUGAAAUUCUACGCCUAACCAAACUUAUCAUUGACUCACAUGUUCAAUACCGUUUGAACAAUGUCGAUGCUUUUCAACUGGCCGAUGGUUUGCAAUAUAUAUUUGCCCAUGUUGGUCAAUUGACAGGCAUGUAUCGUUACAAAUACAAACUUAUGCGGCAGAUCAGAAUGUGCAAGGAUUUGAAACAUUUAAUCUAUUAUCGUUUUAAUACGGGUCCAGUUGGAAAGGGUCCUGGUUGCGGAUUUUGGGCGCCAGGAUGGCGUGUUUGGUUAUUCUUUAUGCGUGGCAUAACACCUUUGUUGGAACGUUGGUUGGGCAAUUUGCUGUCACGUCAGUUUGAGGGUCGUCAUUCCAAAGGUGUAGCCAAAACGGUGACCAAACAACGUGUUGAAUCACAUUUCGAUCUGGAAUUGAGAGCCUCGGUUAUGCACGAUAUAGUCGAUAUGAUGCCUGAGGGUAUUAAACAAAACAAGGCCAGAACAAUUUUACAACAUCUUUCCGAGGCUUGGCGUUGUUGGAAGGCUAAUAUUCCAUGGAAAGUUCCCGGUUUACCCAUACCCAUUGAAAAUAUGAUAUUGCGUUAUGUUAAAAUGAAAGCUGAUUGGUGGACCAAUACGGCCCAUUAUAAUCGUGAACGUAUACGACGUGGUGCCACCGUCGAUAAAACAGUGUGCAAAAAGAAUUUGGGUCGUCUAACACGUUUGUAUUUGAAGGCAGAACAGGAACGUCAGCAUAACUAUUUAAAGGAUGGCCCCUACAUUUCACCCGAAGAAGCUGUAGCCAUUUACACCACAACUGUACAUUGGUUGGAGUCUCGACGAUUUGGUCCCAUACCUUUCCCGCCCUUGUCGUACAAACAUGAUACAAAACUUUUAAUUUUGGCCUUAGAACGUUUGAAAGAGGCUUACAGUGUUAAGUCGCGUUUAAAUCAAAGUCAGCGUGAAGAGUUGGGUCUUAUAGAACAGGCGUAUGAUAAUCCCCAUGAAGCUCUAUCACGUAUCAAAAGACAUUUGCUUACCCAGCGUGCUUUUAAGGAAGUUGGCAUAGAAUUUAUGGAUCUUUACAGUCACCUGAUUCCAGUAUAUGAUGUGGAGCCCUUGGAAAAGAUUACCGAUGCUUACCUGGAUCAAUAUCUAUGGUAUGAGGCGGACAAGAGACGAUUGUUCCCACCAUGGAUAAAACCAAGCGAUACUGAGCCCCCACCAUUGUUGGCCUACAAGUGGUGUCAAGGUAUCAAUAAUCUGCAAGAUGUCUGGGAUGUUGGUGAGGGCGAAUGUAAUGUUCUGUUGGAAUCACGCUUCGAGAAGUUGUAUGAAAAAAUUGAUUUGACCCUGCUGAAUCGUCUGCUACGCCUUAUUGUUGAUCACAAUAUUGCCGAUUACAUGACAGCCAAAAACAAUGUUGUCAUCAAUUACAAAGACAUGAAUCACACCAACAGUUAUGGCAUUAUCCGUGGUCUACAAUUCUCCUCGUUUAUAACACAAUAUUAUGGUUUGGUAUUGGACUUGUUGGUUUUGGGUCUACAUCGUGCCAGUGAAAUGGCUGGUCCGCCUCAAAUGCCCAAUGAUUUCCUAACGUUCCAAGAUACAUCAACAGAAACGGCGCAUCCCAUACGUUUAUAUUGUCGUUAUGUUGAUCGCAUACAUCUGUUCUUUAGAUUUACUGCCGAAGAGGCGAGGGACUUGAUACAACGUUACUUGACCGAACAUCCAGAUCCAAAUAAUGAAAAUAUUGUUGGUUAUAACAACAAAAAAUGUUGGCCCAGAGAUGCCCGUAUGCGUCUCAUGAAACAUGAUGUCAAUUUGGGUCGUGCGGUAUUCUGGGAUAUCAAAAAUCGUUUGCCACGUUCCGUAACAACUAUCAAUUGGGAGAACACAUUCGUCUCUGUGUAUUCCAAGGACAAUCCUAAUCUUUUGUUCAAUAUGUGCGGUUUUGAAUGCAGAAUAUUACCAAAGUGUCGCACCCAAAAUGAGGAAUUCACUCAUAGAGAUGGUGUUUGGAAUUUGCAGAAUGAGGUGACCAAAGAGAGAACAGCUCAGUGUUUCCUACGUGUGGAUGAUGAGUCGUUGGGUCGUUUCCAUAAUCGUGUAAGACAAAUUUUAAUGGCAUCUGGUUCAACAACCUUCACGAAGAUUGUCAACAAAUGGAACACCGCCUUGAUUGGUCUAAUGACCUAUUUCCGUGAGGCUGUUGUAAAUACCCAAGAAUUAUUGGAUUUGUUGGUGAAAUGUGAAAACAAAAUCCAGACACGUAUCAAGAUUGGUUUGAACUCCAAAAUGCCUUCACGUUUUCCACCGGUGGUCUUCUAUACACCCAAAGAGUUAGGUGGCUUGGGUAUGUUGAGUAUGGGCCAUGUAUUAAUUCCUCAAUCAGAUUUGAGAUGGUCCAAGCAGACCGAUGUGGGCAUUACACAUUUCAGAUCGGGCAUGUCCCAUGAUGAGGAUCAAUUGAUUCCAAAUCUUUACCGUUAUAUACAGCCAUGGGAAAGUGAAUUCAUUGAUUCGCAACGUGUUUGGGCUGAAUAUGCCUUGAAACGCCAAGAAGCCAGUACACAGAAUAGAAGAUUAACUCUCGAAGAUUUAGAAGACAGUUGGGAUCGUGGUAUACCUCGUAUUAAUACCCUGUUCCAAAAGGACCGACACACAUUGGCCUAUGACAAAGGUUGGCGUAUACGUACCGAAUUCAAACAAUAUCAAGUUCUCAAACAAAAUCCCUUCUGGUGGACACAUCAACGGCACGAUGGCAAAUUAUGGAAUUUAAAUAAUUAUCGUACGGAUAUGAUUCAAGCACUGGGUGGUGUUGAGGGUAUUUUAGAGCACACAUUAUUCAAGGGCACCUAUUUCCCCACAUGGGAAGGUCUUUUCUGGGAAAAGGCUUCGGGGUUUGAAGAGUCAAUGAAAUACAAAAAAUUGACAAAUGCCCAGAGAUCUGGUUUGAAUCAGAUUCCCAAUCGUCGUUUCACACUGUGGUGGUCACCCACCAUAAACAGAGCUAAUGUCUACGUUGGUUUCCAGGUACAAUUGGAUUUGACGGGUAUUUUCAUGCACGGUAAGAUUCCCACGCUGAAGAUAUCUCUGAUUCAAAUCUUCAGAGCGCAUUUAUGGCAAAAGAUACACGAAUCCAUUGUUAUGGAUUUGUGUCAGGUGUUCGAUCAGGAGUUGGAUGCUUUGGAAAUUGAAACGGUACAAAAGGAGACUAUACAUCCACGUAAAUCCUAUAAAAUGAAUUCGUCCUGUGCUGAUAUUUUACUUUUCCCCGCCUACAAAUGGAACGUUUCCAGACCAUCGUUGCUGGCCGACACUAAAGACACCAUGGACAAUACCACAACCCAGAAAUACUGGUUAGAUAUCCAGCUGAGAUGGGGUGACUAUGAUUCUCAUGAUGUGGAACGUUAUGCCAGGGCCAAAUUCUUGGAUUAUACCACAGACAAUAUGUCUAUUUAUCCUUCACCUACGGGUGUUCUGAUAGCCAUUGACUUGGCAUAUAAUUUGCAUUCGGCUUAUGGUAACUGGUUCCCUGGCAGCAAGACUCUCAUACAACAGGCCAUGGCAAAAAUUAUGAAAGCUAACCCCGCCUUGUAUGUGUUGAGAGAACGUAUACGUAAGGCGUUGCAACUUUAUUCUUCAGAGCCCACAGAACCCUAUCUGAGUUCUCAGAAUUAUGGUGAAUUGUUUAGCAAUCAAAUCAUUUGGUUUGUGGAUGAUACCAAUGUGUACCGUGUUACCAUUCACAAGACAUUCGAGGGUAAUUUAACAACGAAACCCAUCAAUGGUGCAAUUUUCAUUUUCAAUCCCCGUACUGGUCAACUGUUUUUGAAGAUUAUUCAUACCUCAGUAUGGGCGGGUCAGAAACGUUUGGGCCAAUUGGCCAAAUGGAAAACAGCCGAAGAAGUUGCAGCUCUUAUUCGAUCUCUACCCGUGGAGGAACAGCCAAAACAAAUUAUUGUCACCCGCAAGGGUAUGUUGGAUCCCUUGGAAGUGCAUUUGUUAGAUUUCCCCAACAUUGUUAUCAAAGGCUCUGAACUGCAAUUACCCUUCCAGGCUUGUUUGAAGGUGGAGAAAUUUGGUGAUUUGAUUUUAAAGGCCACAGAGCCACAGAUGGUAUUGUUCAAUCUCUACGAUGAUUGGUUGAAAACCAUAUCUUCAUAUACCGCCUUCAGUCGUUUGAUAUUGAUUUUGAGGGCACUUCAUGUCAACACCGAAAGAACAAAGAUUAUUUUGAAACCCGAUAAGACAACCAUAACCGAAGCCCAUCAUAUUUGGCCCACAUUAACCGAUGAGGAAUGGAUUAAGGUGGAAGUGCAACUUAAAGAUUUAAUCUUGGCCGAUUAUGGUAAAAAGAACAAUGUCAACGUGGCUUCGCUGACACAAUCGGAAAUUCGUGAUAUUAUUUUGGGUAUGGAAAUUAGUGCUCCCUCGGCUCAGAGACAACAGAUUGCCGAAAUCGAAAAACAAACUAAGGAACAAAAUCAAUUGACUGCUACCACGACGAGAACCACAAACAAACAUGGCGAUGAAAUCAUAACCUCCACCACCUCGAAUUACGAAACUCAAACGUUCAGUUCAAAAACGGAAUGGCGUGUGAGGGCUAUUUCAGCCACCAACUUACAUUUGAGAACAAAUCACAUUUACGUCUCUUCGGAUGAUAUCAAAGAGACUGGCUACACCUAUAUUCUGCCCAAGAACAUUCUUAAGAAAUUUGUAACCAUCUCCGAUUUGAGGGCUCAAAUUGCUGGUUAUCUUUACGGUGUUAGUCCACCGGAUAAUCCACAAGUUAAGGAAAUACGUUGUAUUGUUAUGCCUCCUCAAUGGGGAACGCAUCAAACUAUUAAUUUACCCAACAGUCUGCCGACACAUCAAUAUCUCAAAGAUAUGGAACCACUUGGAUGGAUUCACACCCAACCAAAUGAAUUACCUCAACUAUCGCCACAAGACAUUACAACGCAUGCAAAGAUAAUGCAGGAAAAUUCCACCUGGGAUGGCGAAAAAACAAUAAUCAUAACAUGCUCGUUUACACCCGGCUCCUGCUCGCUUACCGCCUACAAAUUAACACCCUCCGGCUUUGAAUGGGGCUCAAAGAACACCGACAAAGGCAACAAUCCCAAAGGUUAUCUGCCCUCGCACUAUGAACGUGUACAAAUGUUACUCUCCAAUAAAUUCCUUGGCUUCUUCAUGACCCCUGCCCAAGGCAGUUGGAAUUAUAACUUUAUGGGUGUACGUCAUGAUCCCAACAUGAAAUACGAACUUCAACUGGCAAAUCCCAAGGAAUUCUAUCAUGAAAUACACAGACCAUCACACUUUUUACUAUUCGCCAAUCUGGAAGAUGGCGGCGACGGUUCUGGUGCAGAUCGUGAAGAUGUAUAUGCGUAGUUUUGUGGCAUCGUUUAUUUUAUCCAUACAUUAUCAUUAUAUAAAGUCUAGCUAUUAAGGGUUUAGUAUCUAAACUAUUUAGUUGACAUUAAGAGUUUCUUUGUAUUGAAAAACAAAAACAAAUUUUAAUAUCUAAUUUCUUUUGGAAAAUAACACCGUUUUGAUUUGGAAUUUAAAAGAAAAAGAGGAAUACAAGACUUUUGAAUGCAAAACGAAUUCAAUAAAAUACAUAGUUUCGUGCUUUUGAAGAUGAGAGAUAUCGACAGGUUAUUUCGUGAAAUGAUUUUUUUUGUUAACACAAUUUGUAAAAUUAAACUAAUAAAAUUACAACAAAUUUAAUAAAAGUAUUUUCUUAUGGUUAAAUUAUAGACCAAACUCAAGAUGUUUGACAGUGAAAAAAGCUACAAAA